GUAGACAUAGAAGUCACGUACAUAACAGGGGUUUUUAAAGUGAAAGGAGUCCCGGUGAAAAUAAUGAUUAAACGCCUUGAGGGAUAAGUGAAUGGGCAGUUUUUUUUAAAUUCAGCUAAAUAUUUAAGACGGGUUUAACCUCCAUAUAUUAAGGUGGAUUUGUGUGGAUUAAGAAGAAUUUGUUGGGGUUAAGGGGUCGGAAAUUCUUUCUUGCAAAUGUCAGUUAAGGCCAAAUGGAGCACUAUUCUUAAUCUUGAGUCCCUUUUAUCCGCCCGAAUAUUUGGUUCGACAUCUAGACGUCUCUCUGAUCGAUCUCAAUUGGAAAAACGUUCUGGAGGUUUCUUCACUUCUCAUAAACAAUUUCUUGCUCAAGACAAAACUUUAACUCGGCGUCUUCUUCACUCACCUUCAGAUUCUAGUUCUCAAUCUAAAAUUCUUAGAAAAUAUUUUUUUGAACUAACACAAAGCUUUAUGAGUCCAUUAGAAAGUUAUAUUGCAACAUUAAUGCCUCUUAAACGAGAGAUUUGUCCAUUUCAGACAGUCCCACAAAUGAGGCCAUUUUCUCUCGAGCAAUUUCUUACCUCUCUAAAACAUUUUGGCCAUCCAGGAAUUAAAGGAGAUUGGCAAUCAUUAUAUCGCCAAUUUGUUACACAUUCCCCCAAUUUUAUUGGUUGGCUUCGACGCCGGCAAACCGAUAUUGAACGCCAAAUUAGAUUAGAACAUAUGGAAGCAAUUUGUAAUUCUAAUUUUUCUUCUCAAAUAUUGGCUGAAAGAAGUCAAGUAGAAAUUGUUGAUCUCUUAAUGAAAUUAGCUAAUCGAAUUGUUGAAUUAAAUGAGAGAAAACUUAAAUCAAAACAAAGAAGGAAUAAAAAUGGAGAAAUUUUGGAUAGAUUUCUGACGAAUUCUUCAACAUUUUCUAAACAAUUGGAGCGUCAACAUUUACAAUUACAACAUCAACUACAAAGCAUACUUUCUUCUGUUGAUGAUGAGUUAAAAGUUGUUCUCCUAUCAAAUCCGACAUUUAGAAAUGUUUCUGAAAAGGGAAAAAUGGAAUAG